AUGCCAGUCGCAAUUUUUGAUACAGAGGAAGAUGAAAAAGCAAAAGCAAAUAUCAUCGCAGAAGCUAAAUCAUUAUUUCCUACAAAUAAUAACAAUAUAGAAAAUCCUAAUUUGUCAGAAGAUGAUGCUUAUAAACAAAAGUUACUGAGGCUACAACAAGUAUUUGGUUAUAAAAACGAUCAAGGGCAGCAUUGA